UUGAACGAUGUUCGCCGAUGCUGUCGGGCUGUUCGUUUUCCUCGUGGCCAUUUAUGUGGCGUCCACAAUUUGGCAAAACCGCCAUCUUCCCCCGGGACCGUUUCCGCUUCCAGUGCUGGGAAACUUGCUGUCGAUUAGCCUAGAUCAACCAUAUCGUGAUUUUGCGAACAUGGCGCGGACGUACGGGAAGCUUUUCCGUGUGCAGAUGGGAAGCACAAAAGUGAUUGUCAUCAACAGCUAUGAAAUCGCCAAAGAAGCGCUUGUGACCAAAGCAAAAGAUUUCGCUGGGCGACCUCCUCAUUUCUUUGGAGCAAUUUUUGGCCGAGAUAACACUGACAUUGCAUUUCAAACUUACUCUCCUAGAUGGAAAUUGCAACACAAAAUCGCCAUGACAGCGAUGCGUAUGACCGAAGACAAAGCUAAUAUCCCUUUCUAUAUUGAAGAGCUGAAAGAGGCGUUUUGUUCGCAGGAUAGAAAGCCAUUCAACCCUCGAGAUUCUGUUUGCAAAUCCAUAGGAGGCUGUCUUUCAUCGUGGAUUUUUGGCGAUUAUAAAUUCAAUGACUGGGAAUUAGACGCGCUAUUGCAAGCAACACACGUAUUCAAUCUGUCAAUCGGGGCAGCUAAUAUCAUAAAUACAUUUCCAGUUUUCAAGUACAUCCCUUUCCGAAGCAUCGAGAAUGCAAAGCAUUCUGCAAAAAUUCGAGAUCAAAUUUUCGUGAGGAAAUUUCAAGAACAAGUUUCUUCUUCCAAGACGAAAAAUUAUAGCUCCAUGGUUGAAGCUAUGUACAAGGAAUUCAAAGAAAUUGGCGGCGAUGGACUCACAGAAAAUAAUUUAAUUUCAAGGUAAGCGCAACUAAAGUUCUAUAGUCAGAAGACAUUACGAGCGCGACUUAAACGAACAAAUAUAGAACUUUUCUGGCGUAUGAGUACCGUAAAUUACGUAUUCACCAGGCUUCCACUAUGACGUUCUUCUUAGGGCUUUCUCACGCUUUCCUUCGCCUCGUUCGCCGGGAGGAUUGCGUGACAAGCCAAGGUUACGAAUUCACCGGAAGUUGAAUAUUUUUGCGAGAGCAGUGGAGACUGGGUCUGGUUCAGGUUCUCGGCCCGACUCCCCGCUGGAUUCGCUGGAUAUUGCGAAAAAUGAAAACAUUAGGUAAUGUUGCUUAAUAAAGCGAUUUGUAGAGUUUAUAUGGGAACAGUGAAGAUUCGAAAAAAUUCGCCAUAUCUUAACUUAUUGUAAAGAAACGAAAUACCGUAAAAUUCCGAAAAUAAGCCCCUCCAUGUAUAAUCUCCUCCAAAUAUAAGCCCCCCAAACCGGUGACGCAAAAACCUCCGUUAAAUCGCCCCUCCAAAUAUUAGCCCCCCCUCCCCCCCGGGGGGGCUUGUACUUGGAAAAUUGACCUCAAAUACAAAGUAAAACCGGCAAGCAAAAACGGUAAAUUUACUUCCAAAUAUAAGGCGAGCCCAAUCGAUUUUGAAACGCAAACUUCCCUCUGUAGAUAAGCCCCUCCAAAAAUAAGCCCCUCAAAAAGGACCUUUGAAAAAUAUGAGCCCCGGGGCUUAUUUUCGGAAUUUUAGGGUAUAAUACACUUACUUGUCCAUGUGUAUUUCUGAGGCUUCUGUCUACACCUUUAUUGUCCUUAACCUUCAUUACAGUCAAACCAGGUCAAGCGUACCCCCCAAGAACCCAUUAAUGAAUUUAUUAUUCAAAAGUUGAAUCCGUUGCUAGUUGUAGAUUUCAGAUUGAUCUCUGCAUUGUUGUAUGUGUAAUGAGCUGUGAAUUCACACGCCAGGCAGUUAUGAAAUUUCUACCUGCUCCAUUUUCCUGAAAUUGAUGUAAAUAUCUUCUAAGAAGCUUAAUCCAUUCAAAGAUUUCCAAUCUGACCAAAUACAGAGAAGUUCUUGUAAAAUGUUCAGAAUAUUCACUGCUCAUUACGCAUGCAGAAAUGACGCUUUGAAUUUGACACCAGUUACGGGAACGACUAACGGAUUCAUUUUUCAAAUAAUCAAUUCACUGAUAGAAUCUUGGGGGGUACGCUUGACUUGGUUUGACUGUAACAGGACAAUGAAGGUUAAGACAGAAUGGCAAAACCAGCCCAAAUCGCCUCAGAAAUACACAUGGACAACAAGUGAUACAGCACAAGUAAGGGUAUUUACAGCUCGGUCCUUUUUUGGUUGUUUUGGUUUUUCGUUAAUCAGCUUGCAACAGAAUUUUAGCUGAGCAUUAAGAAAAUGCCUCACUUAAAAAAAUGGAAAAAAAAAGAAAUAAAACAAAAUGAAAAGAAAAGAAAAGAAACGCGGGAAGGUCCAAAUACUUUUAAAAACAAAGUCUUUACGUACUUGCCAAUUUACAAACAUUGAGUCAGUUAUGAAUUAGGUUAAAAUUGUCCAGCGAAAUCAGUUGAAGUUCUCGAUUCCAAAACUUUCCACCAUGUGGCGUGUGUCCUUUUUCGGCUGCGGCCCGUAGGACGGUUUUUUUUUUUCAUUGCAAAUCCAUAUAAAUAAACUUCAGGAGCAAAACCGUUCAAAAAUAUUGCAAUUAAAAGGUUCAGUAAUUAUUGAAAAACGCUUCUCAAUGCAACGUUACGCUAAUUUUCUGAUAAUGAAUGGGGUCAAAUCCAAGGGAAAUGGGACUAAGUUCGAGUUAGCGGGGGGUUCGAGAGUUACUAAGGCUCUACCAUGUCAAGUGCAGCAAAAACUCAAGGGGUGGGUUGGGGCUUGAAGCACCCCCACCCCACUUUUUGUGUGGUGGAGGUAUAACUCCUUACCAUCGAGAGUUUAAAGUUCAAAUCUUUGAUUAAGACUGUUAAUCUCUUAUUUUAUUUAUUUAUUUAUUUAUUUAUUUUUUUGGUAGCGCUUCUGACUUGUUCUCUGCCGGAACGGAGACUCCUUCAACUCAAAUUAUCUGGGGUCUAUUUUAUGUUAUAAAGUACCCGGAUGUGCAGGCCAGGCUACAUCGCGAGUUGGAUAAUGUGGUUGGUGCAGAACGAUUGCCAGAGUUAUCAGACAGGCCAAACUUGCCUUAUUUGGACGCGUUCUUAAAUGAGAUGGUACGCAUUGUAAGCGAGACCCCUCUGGCGAUUCCACACUUGACCAUGCGGGAAACGUCUCUUGCAGGCUUUAAUAUCCCGCAGGAUAUAACCGUGAUUGUUAAUCUCUGGGCUAUUCAUCACGACCUCGAAUACUGGGGAGAUCCGUUCACUUUUCGGCCUGAUCGUUUCUUGGACAAGGAAGGACGGCUUGGUGUACAUGGAAUUUUACCUUUCUCAGCCGGUAUACGCACGUGCCCUGGAGAAAGGUUUGGCAAAAAAGCAGUUUUCUUGUUUCUUUCACGAUUACUUCACAGGUUUAAAUUUGAAUGUCCAGAAAGUGAAGAAUUACCUGCGGAAGAAGAUAGUGAUCUUGGAAUUCUGCGUAACUGUAAACCGUUUAAAAUCCGUGCUAUUGCAAGAAAUUAAUUAGAAUA